UUCCAAAAACAAAGAUACUUAGAAUUGAAUAAAUUAAUCGAUUUUCUAGGAAUUACAUCUCUGUUUUCAUUGUAGAACUAUUUAACUUCUGGAAUAUGGAGACCUAUGAGCAGGAAUAUCGUUUGCUUGCAGCGGAUAUUGAAGAAAAGCUGAAUGACUUAGCAAGAACUGGUGAAAGUACAGCUUCUCAAGCUUGUCAACGACUUUUGAAUGAGAUCGAUGAAGUGAUUGGACAGAUAGAAAUUGAAGCCGGCAGUGUUCCAACGGCAGAGCGAGGAGCUCUAAAUGGCCGAAUUAGAAGUUAUCGGACAAAGUUAGAAGAAUGGAGAAAUGUUUUCAAAACCGAAAUGGCCGGUGCAAACCGAAAAGCCUUAUUCGGCCAGCGUGAUUCUAUCGCUGAUGACUAUAAAGCUGUGGAUCAAGACUAUGACCAAAGAACUCGCUUAUUACAGGGAAAUAAUCGAAUGGAAGAAGCAUCACAAAGGCUUCUCGAUUCUCAGCGUGUUGCCAACGAAACAGAGGGCAUAGGAGCUAACAUUUUACGUGAUCUUCAUGGGCAAAGAAAUCAGUUGGAACAUUCUUUGGGAGUGUUAGGAGACACUUCUGGACAUCUAGAUCGCAGCUUGAGAACGUUAAAAACCAUGGCGCGAAGGCUUGCCAUGAAUCGACUCUUUACAACAGGCAUCAUCGCUAUCUUGGUCAUUCUUAUUCUCCUCAUUCUUUACAAUAAAUUUCGCUAAAUAGCUCCACUUUGUUGCUUAAAUCGGGUUCUUUAAGGAGCCUGUUUCCUCCAAAUGGAACUUUGCAUUUCGCGCAUAAUUUGCCCACAUUUGGCUAAUUAAUUCUACAUUCAUGUUUGACAUAUUUAUGUUCUACACCUGGUCAGUAACUAGAUGAACAAUUUCCUCUUCAAUGAUUUUUUUUCCAAUGUCAUAAAGUUUACCUGUAAUGCUUGGUUUAAUCUACAAACGUUAUCAUUCAACUUUUCUACGUUGUUCACAAUGCGUCCUAAAAGAGCACUUUGCUGCUCUUCCAUAGGAUUAUUCAUUUUGGCAAUUUUUUCUUUAGUAAGUAGGUAAUAGGCAAGUACUCAUGCGCUUGAGAUAUCAAAUUUUUAUACUUAUAAGUUAAGAUACGUUGUCGGAA